AUGUACAAAGAAAUCGACGAGACAUGUACAUUUAUACAUAAAACAUUCAAUCGAACUGGAUGUUAUCUUUUUUAUUAUUGGUUAUCACCAAUCGAAAUCUAUCUCAACGAUAUGGGUCUAAGAUUGGAAAGAACACAUAAUUGGAUAUCGGAAUAUUUUGGUAUCUAUCUACCAGAACGUUUGAAAGGUUUGCAUGAAGAACGACGUGUUAAAGCUGCUGGUAUCAAAUAUCAUCAUUGGUAUUUCAGUUUCCAGCAUACAUUUCUUGUUGUUCUAUUCUUAGUACUAGUCAUUUUAUUAUUAUGA